GUUCCUUGACGGAAGAGAUGGAGAUAUUUUGGAAGUUUAUCAUCGCAUGCAUUUUCCUGUGGAAUAAUGUCAACUCGCAGACAAUCCAAAUACCCGAGAAAGGUUUCAGCGAUCAGUACAAAAGCGAAAACACGCUCGGCCAGUACACGUUCGGCUACAACGAAGACCACGCUUCGGGAGGCUCUUUCCGUCGAGAAACCGGCGACCAAUACGGCAACAAAAUCGGUUCCUACGGCCUCAGAGUCGCCGAUGGACGUGUCAGGAUCGUCAACUAUGUCGCCGACCACAACGGAUACCGCGCGGACGUCGUCAGCAACGAGCCAGGACUCUACUCCCACCGCCACAACGGAUUCUUCGGAAUCGACAAAACCAACAUCUACGGAGUAGCCAUCCCUGGCCUCAGGUUCUCUGGUGAAGCUCCAUACCUCACCUUCAGUAACGCUCAUCAGCAGGUGCCUGUCGAAACCGCACAUCAAGAGCAGGCUGCCAAUUGGGAGGAUUCUGUCCAAGACCUUGUUGUUGAAGAUGAGCCAUUGUAUACUCAAGCGUAUGCAAUCACUGAUGAAGUUACAGAAGGCGGCAAAAUGGUCCAAAAAUCCAUCGACUUUGAAGCUGCAGCCUCUAAUGAAAGAUUGAACGAAGUAACGGAAAACAAUUUUAUAGAUGGCAAUCCAGAGCAAGUUGGCGAGUCUCGUAAUGUGGAAACUGCAGUAGAAUCAUCAACAAGUAACAACUCCACAGAUGUUACAACCACGGCAGCGCCAACCAAAGAUUAAACUUUCAAUAAAGACUGGAAAGAAUCAAAAUUGGGGACACACUAAAAUUUUAUUUUGUUUCUUUGGAUUAUUUUGUAUAAAAAUAUUCUAUUGGAUUGCUCCCAAAACUGUAUAUUGAUGGGCGAUGAUGAUUCAAAUAUUUGCUGAAAUAACAAAAUAUAUAGAACUGAUAUUAGAAAUUCUUUUUAAAUGUGAACAAUUUUAUUAAUGAAAAUAUUUGUUUUUCAAUUUUAAAGUCUGAUUAUUGUAAACAUCUGGUUUAAAAAUUAGUUUCUAUCACAAAAUAAUCAGCAUCAUCAAAAUAGAUAUUAGAAAGUGAUUUUGUUAUGAAGCUGAAGUAAAUCUUCAAUCGAUAAAAAUGCUGGAAGAUAAAAAUACAAUUUUUUAAAAAUGAGAAAAAAAAAUUUAAUCGAAUUUAACAUAAAAAUUUUUUGACUGAAUUUUCUUCGAAAUUGAUAAGCAAUAUUAUAUUCUUCAUGAAAAAGAUUCGAAACCUAUUUAUACUGAUUAAAAUAUAAUUAUAAUCAAAGCAAAUAACGAGCAAGACACUUUUCCCUCUCGG